GUUUGGGUGUUUCUUUAGAGCUCAUCAGUCUUUUUGCAUCUAUACAGCUAGAGUAAAUCUCUGGUGUGGGACACACUGGCUGUAUUUCUAACACCAGACUGCAAAUUUCACCUUUAAUCACAAGCUCUUAAAAUAGAUAAGUCAAUGUCAAGCACAAGUGGAACUUCACUAUGUCGCCUGGCCGGUUUUGUGGUACUUGCCGGUCUCAUCUCUUUUACUGUCAUGUAUUUCUGGACCUCACCUCUGACCAUCUGCCAAUCUCUACAACCCACAUUAAAAAAAAAAAAUUCUGAAAAGAGCAACAACUCCCUUCCUGUUGCAAAGGAAGAGAAACCAAUACUUUUGUUAUGGUUCUGGCCUGAAAAUUACUUUUUUGACUUCAGUGAUUGUAAAACAUUUUACAAUUAUGACGGUUGUGAAUUGACGGAUGAUAGAUCACUCUACAGCAAUGCAGAUGCUGUCCUUCUUUUCCACAAGGCCAUUAGCUGGGACCUGUCCAACCUUCCUCCAUCUCCUCGUCCUCUGUUCCAGAAGUGGAUAUGGUUUAAUGUAGAAUCACCAACUAACACAGAAAAAAAACCAGGUCUGGAAAACCUGUUCAAUCUCACUCUGAGCUACAGAGAAGACGCUGACAUUCCUGUACGGUUGCGCUUGACCACAAAUAAGAAAGCAGAGGCCUUUGAAAUUCCCAAAAAAGAAAAACUGAUCUGUUGGAUUGUAAGCAACAAUAGCCCUCAUACAGGUGUCAACACAAGGAACAGUUAUUUCCAUGAACUUUCCAAACAUGUCUAUGUGCAUACAUAUGGGAAAGCGUAUGGAACGUUCCUGGAUUAUAAGGACUACUAUCCUACCAUAGCGAGCUGCAAAUUUUAUCUCUCCUUUGAGAACUCCAUCCACAAGGACUACAUCACUGAGAAGUUCAAUGGACCGCUUGCAGCAGGUACAGUCCCAGUGGUAAUGGGUCCUCCCAGAAGGAACUAUGAAAAAUUUGUUCCUGGUGAUGCCUUCAUUCAUGUGGAUGACUUUCCAGAUCCAAAGUCACUAGCGGAAUAUCUGAAGCAGCUGGACAUGGAUGAUGAUGCAUAUCACAGGUACUUUAACUGGAGGACACAUUUGUCUGCAAGGCCUCAUUUAAUACUACAGAAUCAAGAGUUUAUUCUGGCUAUCUGCACUGCCUGUGAUCACGUAGGAAGACACAAGGAAUAUAGAGAAGCUCAUGAUAUUUAUGAAUGGUAUUUUAAUUAAGGACAUCUCAGACUUCGGUAAUAUUUGGUGAAGGUUAUUGAUAAUUAUCUCAUGUAACAAGAAAAUCUAAAGUUCUAAUUUGAGUACUAUAUAAGGCAACUUGUUUAUGUGUUCCUUCAAGAGAGAAAACAUACAUCUGUGUUAUGUUGUUUCUUUUAUUUCUCUUACAUUAUUUUCCUUUCAUUCCAUAUAAAUUCAUUAUUCAUAAACAUUCCUUUUUACUUAUUAUUUCUCAUUUAUACAUUUCUUCUACUGUUUAAUCUUAUGGUGUGUGCUGUAUUUGUCUUCACAAGUUAGAGAUAGAGUUGUCUCCAUUCAAGGUCUUAACGUCACGGGACGAUGUUGUGAAGCAGUCAUUUUUAAUUGUCUUUGCUUGGUAUAAUAACACUUGUUGAACUUGUGCUGGUCAGUCGAAGUCAGACUGAGCAUUGAAAAAGAUGCAGCUAAGAUUAUUCAAUAAACCAUUUUUACCAACACUUCGUCUCCUGCUAUAUUCCCUACUGACACUGCCUAACUCUUGGGCUGGUAGAAGAGUGAGUUAACAACCUGUAGAUGUUGACUGGUUUUGUAUAUCAGAUAGAAGCUUGUGUUGCAUGCCCCAUUUACUGGGCCGGGCUGACAGUUGAGAA